AUGCUCUCUACGCGCGCAGGCGCUCACCCGGUUCUGGUCGCGCCGGCAACAAAGACCAAGCCAUAUCUCAGCAAGGAGACAUGCCACAGCUCGAAACCAUCUCUCGGUAACAGGAUACCUCCGGGGGCCUGGGACUCGCACAUGCACAUACUUGAUCCUGAGCGCUACCCGCUGGCCAAGGACGCGCUGUACCGCCCCAACUCUUACACGCUGGAGCAGGCGCUAGCAUUUGAGUCGUCUGUGGCGCUGGACAACAUUGUUCUCGUUCAGCCGUCCAUCUACGGAAACGACAACUCCUGUCUGCUAGAUGCGCUCCGGGUCCUCGGUCCGCACCGGGCCCGAGCGGUGGUCGGCUUCGAGCCCUCCGCCACCUCCUUCGAGACGCUGAGGGAGUGGCACGCCUUGGGUGUUCGAGGUGUCCGGAUCAACCUAUCUUCAGUCGGAAAACUAAUUGGCAGCGAUGACCUUCGGGACUUGCUCCAUUCCUACGCUCAACACUGCAGGCCGCUGGGCUGGGUCAUCCAGAUCUACAUCCCGAUGGGGAUGAUGCCGCUCCUCGAGCCGAUCGUGCCCAACCUCGGCGUGAGAGUCUGCAUCGAUCACAUCGGCCACCCUUCCCUCGGCGACAUGUCCUCCGGAGAUCCCUACGACAUCCACGGCUUCAGCUCCUUGGUCAACCUCCUCAAGGGCGGCAGCACUUUUGUCAAGCUGUCCGCGCCGUAUCGCCUCGGCAGCGAGGCGAACCCGAAGAACCUGGAAGCGGUGUCCAAGGAGAUUCUACGAGUGGCUGGCAGCAGUCGGGGGGUUUUUGCGACGGACUGGCCGCACACGCGAUUCGAGGGUCUUGACAUUCGUCCGUGGAUGGAGGCGGUUCUGGACUGGUGCGGAGACGACAGAGGUCUCGUGGAGAGGAUAUUCCGCGAAAACGCACGAGAAUUAUGGGAUACAUAG